AUGUAUGAUGAAAUGGGUGGGGUUGAUUCCUUUGGUCCUCCAAGUCACUCCAUGUACCUCAGCCAAAGCGGGGGUCAUGUGGGGCUCGGUACGGAAGUUCUCGCCAAAUGCUCUGUCCUCGCCCUCAUCCGACGCAUCAUUGGCUCGAAGCCUGGGAAGAGUGGACCGGUCUGCAUCGGACUCAUGGUGACCGCUGUAGUAUGGGGUGUCGGCUCCUGUUUGGCAUGGCUUGUGAACUGCCGCGCAGAUUCUUUGUUGACUUUGGAUAACGUCAAGCAAUGGCCGCACCAGAAUACACGUUGGGCCGUCAUAACGGCGAUGGACAUCUUGACCGAGAUCCUUACCUGGCUCCUCGUACUGCAACUAUCCUGGUCCGUCAAUAUUUCAUACAUCCGCAAGUGUCAGGUUGUUAUGGCUUUCUCAUUUCGUAUACCGCUCAUCGCCCUCUCAGCCGUUCAUCUGGCGUAUUCUGCAACAAAUCCAGCCUCUACUGAGCCUCAAUUCGCCGUCACAAAGGCCCUGCUCUGCCAACAGAUCAUGGUUGCUUGGUCACUCAUUUCUGCCACUGUGCCUAACCUGAAGAACUUUUUAAAGUCAUUCUCUAUAGGGAUGGGAUUUCCAGUGUCCUUUGACCUCAGCAUGUCUGGAUCAAGCAACAUCUACGCACUUCAGUUACUUAGAAUAAAAUCGACAUCUGAUUGCGCUUCCUGUAGCCAACUGCACAGUUGGAGGCCGGACGAGGUCUCAACUCAAACAACGGCAUCAAGGGUCUCUGGCAGCAAUAUUCGGGAUUAUAUAUCAGAGGAAGGGCGGAAUUCCAGGGCUGGCAGUCAAGAAAUGAUCAUUAAUAAGGAGGUGACAUGGAAGGUCACACCAUCUAAAGUCAUUGCCACAGAAGAUAUAAGGGUCCUAGAUCUUGCACUCCACAUCACACCACGUUUAUCUUUGUCACCUGUCCUGGGUGCAAAAGCCAUGUCUGAGAUUGUAUUGCGCGAUGCGCGCUACUCCGAACUUCCAGAGAUUGCCCACGUCAUGUCAGAGGCAUUUUGGAAGGAUAGCCUAUUUGGCGAGCUCAUACACCCCCAUCGUAGCGAGUAUCCCGAUGAUGUACACCUGUACUGGCUGCGACGGGCACGGGUCAACUUUUGGGACUAUCGCUCGCGAUGGCUCGUUGCUGUAGCCAAAGACGAGAGGGGUCAAGAAGUUAUUGCCGGCAUUGCUCAGUGGGCAAGACUGGGAGAUGGGGGCCAAAAGCUUGAGUGCUGGUAUUUGGAUCCUCGAAACCUUCUCAAGCCUUUAUCUUCUAUUGCCAUGAACAUCCAUGCUUGGGCUUGGCCUAAUCGUGCAAGCGAUCCCAAGCAGGAGGACAUCAUAGAGCGGGCAUAUCCUCAUUUCGAAGACAUAUGGAGUAGAAAGCGCGCUGAGUCCUGGUAUCUCGAAGGGUUAGCAGUGCGCCCAGAUUUUCAGAGGAGGAACGUGGGCCGGAAGCUUGUGCAGUGGGGUCUCGAGCAGGCCAAGGCGGAUGGUAUUUGCGCUUCGGUUGUUAGUGCCUUUGGCACAGAGGAGUUCUAUAAGAAAUGCGGGUUUGACGAGCAGUACGGAAGCGCCAGACAGGGUGAGGGUAACCCCUUGGCGGACAUUGAGGGUGCUAACAUGUUUUGGAAAUGGCCUGAGGCUUGA